CCAUCUUAGAUGGCGGGAGUAAGAAGAGGACGAGCUUGAGACAGGAAGGCUUUCCUGCGGCUCUCCUUGGGCCCGGAAGAGGGCCAAUUGGCCCGGCUUUGGGGCGUGUGCCCCGAGGCGCGGAGCGCGGGUGCGACGAUGCGGGGACUGCCCGGGGCCCCGUCCCCUGGGCUAGGGACGCGCCGAAUGUGACCGCCUCCCGCUCCCUCACCCGCCGCGGGGAGGAGGAGCGGAUCAGACGCCGCCGCCGGACGACGGGACACGGAGGCGGUUCGGCUCCUUCAGGUAUUGUGUAAGCUGCAUCAAUGGAGCACAUACAGGGGGCCUGGAAGACGAUCAGCAACGGUUUUGGAUUCAAAGACACAGUGUUUGACGGCCCCAGCUGCAUCUCGCCUACAAUAGUUCAGCCAUUUGGCUUUCAGCGUCGGGCGUCAGAUGAUGGCAAACUUACGGACUCGUCUAAGACAAGCAACACUAUCCGUGUUUUCUUGCCAAACAAGCAAAGAACAGUGGUCAAUGUGCGAAAUGGAAUGAGCUUGCACGAUUGCCUUAUGAAGGCACUCAAGGUGAGGGGCCUACAGCCGGAGUGCUGUGCUGUGUUCAGACUUCUCCAUGAACAUAAAGGUAAAAAGGCACGUUUAGAUUGGAAUACUGAUGCUGCCUCGUUGAUUGGAGAAGAACUUCAAGUAGAUUUCCUGGAUCACGUUCCCCUCACAACACACAACUUUGCACGGAAGACCUUUCUGAAGCUUGCGUUCUGUGACAUCUGUCAGAAGUUCCUGCUAAAUGGAUUUCGUUGUCAGACUUGUGGCUACAAAUUUCAUGAGCACUGUAGCACCAAAGUUCCUACUAUGUGUGUGGAUUGGAGUAAUAUCAGACAGCUCUUAUUGUUUCCAAAUUCUACUAUUGGUGAUAGUGGGGUCCCAGCACUGCCUUCUUUGACUAUGCGUCGGAUGCGAGAGUCUGUUUCCCGGAUGCCUGUUAGUUCCCAGCACAGAUAUUCCACACCCCAUGCCUUCACAUUCAACUCCUCCAGCCCUUCCUCUGAAGGUUCCCUUUCCCAGAGGCAGAGGUCCACAUCCACACCUAAUGUCCACAUGGUCAGCACCACCCUGCCUGUGGACAGCAGGAUGAUUGAGAAUAACAGCCUGAAUGCUUCUCCCAGGGCGUGGUCCAGACGAUUUUGUUUGAGGGGAAGAGAUGCAAUUCGAAGCCACAGUGAAUCAGCCUCACCUUCAGCCUUGUCCAGCAGCCCUAACAAUCUGAGCCCAACAGGCUGGUCACAGCCCAAAACCCCUGUGCCAGCACAGAGAGAGCGGGCACCAGGAUCUGGGACCCAGGAGAAAAACAAAAUUAGGCCUCGUGGACAGAGAGAUUCAAGCUAUUACUGGGAAAUAGAAGCCAGCGAAGUGAUGCUCUCCACUCGGAUUGGGUCAGGCUCCUUUGGAACGGUGUAUAAGGGCAAGUGGCACGGAGAUGUUGCAGUAAAAAUCCUAAAGGUUGUCGACCCCACACCAGAGCAGUUCCAGGCCUUCAGGAACGAGGUGGCUGUCCUCCGCAAAACACGGCAUGUGAACAUCCUGCUCUUCAUGGGGUACAUGACAAAGGACAACCUGGCGAUUGUGACCCAGUGGUGUGAAGGCAGCAGCCUCUACAAACACCUGCAUGUCCAGGAGACUAAAUUCCAGAUGUUCCAGUUGAUUGACAUCGCCCGCCAGACUGCUCAGGGAAUGGACUAUUUGCAUGCAAAGAACAUCAUCCAUAGAGACAUGAAAUCCAACAAUAUAUUUCUCCAUGAAGGCCUGACGGUGAAAAUUGGAGAUUUUGGUUUGGCAACAGUAAAGUCGCGCUGGAGUGGUUCUCAGCAAGUUGAACAACCCACUGGCUCUGUCCUGUGGAUGGCGCCUGAGGUGAUCCGAAUGCAGGAUAACAACCCGUUCAGCUUCCAGUCUGAUGUCUACUCCUACGGCAUUGUGCUCUAUGAGCUCAUGACAGGGGAGCUUCCUUACUCCCACAUCAAUAACCGUGAUCAGAUCAUCUUCAUGGUGGGCCGAGGGUAUGCCUCCCCAGACCUCAGUAAGCUAUAUAAGAACUGCCCCAAAGCAAUGAAGAGGCUUGUAGCCGACUGUGUGAAGAAGGUUAAGGAAGAGAGGCCUCUUUUUCCCCAGAUACUGUCUUCCAUCGAGCUGCUCCAACAUUCUCUGCCGAAAAUCAACCGGAGCGCUUCUGAGCCAUCCCUGCACCGGGCGGCCCACACUGAGGAUAUCAACGCCUGCACACUGACUACGUCCCCUAGACUGCCUGUCUUCUAGCUGACUUUGUACCUGCACUCAGGCCAUCGGGGGAGUAAGGGAAGUCAGCAGGCACCACCUCUCUGCUCCCUUUUGAUGGAGGCAGAGAGCUCAUUUUCAGAGAAGCUGCUGCUAAGGACCUUCUAGACUACUCACAGGGCCUUAACUUCAUGUUGCCUUCUUUUCUACCCUUUCUGGCCCUGGGAGAAGGAAGCCAUUCGAAAUGCUGGUUUGUCCUGCUCCCUCCCUGCAUCCCCUAUGCUCUUGAGCCGAGAGUCUUCUCCAGAUGCACCCACAGCUGCCAGAUCCGGCAGUAUGUGGUCUGGGGCCCCAGCUGUUGGCUGAAUGAGUAUUUUUUUUUUAGGGCAAAAAAAAAAAAAAAAAAAAA